AACACAAGCCCCAUCAAACCUCAUAACAUCCAUUCCUCCAAACUCAAACACAAGUUACCAAAGCCUCUUCUUCUGCUUGAAGCCAUGGCCUCUAACUUUAGCUUGAUGAGUUUGGCAAUACUUGCCCUCACAUUUUCUCUCGCCGUGCAAGGCACUCUUGGAGGGAUAGAAUGUGAGAAUCUGAGCGAGGAAACGUGCUCAUUUGCCGUGUCAUCUGGUGGAAAACGCUGUGUGCUUGAGAAGCGUGUGAAGAGAACAGGGGAGGAAGCAUACACAUGCAGGACAUCUGAGAUUGAAGCUGAUAAAUUGAAGGAUCACAUUGAAACUGAGCAGUGCGUCAAGGCUUGUGGAUUGGACAGAAAAUCCCUUGGAAUCUCAUCAGAUUCUCUUCUUGAGUCCCGCUUCACUCACCAGCUUUGUUCCCCUCAGUGCUACCAGAGUUGCCCAAAUGUUGUUGACUUAUACUUCAAUCUUGCAGCUGGUGAAGGUGUGUUUCUUCCUAUGUUGUGUGAAGCAGAAGGUGGGAAUGCUCGUCGAGGAAUGGCUGAACUCAAAAGCUCUGGCAUUGUGGCACCAGGACCUGUUCACUUUGUGCAGUUUUUAGCUACACCUCCAGAGCCAUUUAACCCUGUGGAGUUCGCAGCUGAGCCUGCGGCUACCCCAUCAUACCCACCAUACUAAGUUGUAGUUUUUAGAGCAUGCAAAAAAAUUGAGUGGCAUAAUAAACAACUCAACGUCUUAUUAUUAAACAGGUUGAGUUCAGAGGCACACCAUGUUUAGUUUGUAAUAGCUAAUGAAGUUGUUCCUACAUAUUUUGCUGGCA